AUGGAUUUGGGAACCAUGACCAAGAAACUGAAGGCCAUCCAAUACAAAUCGAAACAAGAGUUUGUUGACGAUCUUAAUCUCAUCUGGGCAAACUGCUUGAAAUACAACGCCAAUCCUGAGCAUUUCCUACGCAAGCAUGCCCUCUACAUGAGGAAGGAAACGGAAAAGCUUGUGCCACUCAUUCCAGAUAUUGUUAUUAGGGACCGGGCAGAGGUUGAGGCUGAGGAACGAAGACUUCAACUUGCUGACCUUGAUGGUGCGGAAGAGAGUGACGAUGAACCCAUCAUGUCCUCCCGAGGGCGGAAGGCUCCAGGGAAGAAAUCCAAGAAAGGCACAUCAACGACACGGACUGCACCUGAGACUAAGUCAGAGACUACAUCAGUAACUGAUUCUCGACCUCAAGUUCAGGAAGCCCCAGUUGCCCGACAGGACUCUUUCUUAGAAGGGAGUCAAAACGAUUCUUCAACGCCACCCCCGGGUACUCUUACACCUUUGACCCUAAAUAAUAGCGGCCUUCCCGCAACCCAGGGUGAUAGCAUGGAUAUAGAUUGCAUUGGACCACCUCCUGCCGGUCAAUGUGCUGCCCUGUUAGGCCUUGGUUCCGAGUUUGAAGAUCCCGAGUUCAAGGUCUGGAAACUAGUGACAAAGAAGGAUCGUGCUCUUGUCGCUGCUGAAAGACAUAGACUCUUUAAAGGAGAUAAAAUUAAUCCAGAGGAGCAAGCCCUCCUCAGAACAAAGCCUGGUAUGAGAAGAUGGAUUCGAAAUCGCAGAGCAACGCCAGGUGAAACAGAUAAGCCUGAGGCCGCUCCUUCACAGGAAAAAGCCGAACCUAGUGGAGAGACUCUUGCUGAAGGGAUUGAAGAAGAAGAAGAUAAAAUGCUUCCCGAUUAUUAUGAUGUGAUGUCGGCCAUUCCAGACCUUCCUGAGAACCUCCACUGGACCGAAGAUGCUGAAGGGAAUGUCGUAGAGCACUCGGAAGAGUUCCUUCGAGUCCUUCCUAGUGGCUUAUUUACUGCUCCUGUGAGCAAAUUUUCGAAAAAAUUGGAUGCGAACGUGAGGCAAAUGCAAGAGACUAGAAAAGCUUGCUCAAAAAUCAGUAUUGUUAAGCAAAUGCAACAACAAUCUCAGAUGUACCAAAACCAAUUUCAAAAGUACCAACCUGAACGGCUCGUUGAACAAGAUAUCGCGCCUCAUGUCAUGAAUGGCGAGGGGCCGGUAAUCAACCCUUGGGUCUGCAGAGCUGCACUUCAGCGAUCUAUUGGCAAGAUUCUCUAUCACACUGGUUUUGAGGAGUACCAACCCUCCGCUUUGGAUGCUAUUACGGACGUUGCAUCAGACUUCUUCACCAAGAUUGGACAAACCCUUAAAUCCUACAUGGAAGCCCCCAAAGUCCCUGCGUCGGACAACUCGUCAGAUCAGACUGGAACAUCAGAAUGGAAGCUGCCAUAUACCUCCGAGGAGAUGAUUCUGCAUACACUGCAGGCCGUUGGCACAGACGUGGACACAUUAGAGACCUAUGUAAAGGACGAUAUAGACCGCCAUGGCGCUAAACUUGCUGUUAUCCACGAAAGAUUAAAGAACCAUCUUACGGAAUUGUUGCGCCCUGCAUUCGCUGACACGAGUGGUGAUGGGUCUGGAGCUUUCAACGACGGAAGCGAACAAUUCGUUGGGGGUGACUUUGCUGAUGACAUCGAUGAGGAUUUCUUUGGAUUUAAGGAGCUUGGCUUGGAUAAGGAGUUUGGUCUUGCAAGCCUUAGCGUUCCUCUACAUCUCCUUCAGAACAGGAUGUUCAAUGCUCAUCAGGCUCAGAAUGCAAAGUAA